AUGAUGAUUGCAGCAGUUCUGGAUAGCAACUAUUCAGAUUCAUGGGAGUUGUCCACGACUUUUUCGCCUUACAAAACUAUGCUGCGAUUACUCUUCUGUAUCGGUGUAUCCGCAUUACUUCGAAUCGAAUACCUGGUUGCCGCCGCCAUCGUUGCCAGUUUCGCUCCAGAUUGGUCACAAAAUAAAGUCCGUAUUUUUUCCGUCCGUGUUGUCUCUUUCACACAUGCAACGAUCUCAUCAUUAGGAUGCCUUUGCAGCCUUCUGUCCGAUCCUAAUUAUUUCAAAGAACCGUACGACUAUAGAACAGACUCAGCGCAGUACGUAUUCCUAUUCUCUAUGGGAUAUUUUAUUUAUGACCUCAUCGAUAUGUAUAUCCAUGGAGAAGCACCAAACUCUAAGGAAUACUUCGUGCAUCAUUCACUUGUGAUUACUGCGUUUACAGUAAUUCUCAUCACGGGUAAACUAUUCGGGUUUGCAAUGAUCGGAUUACUUGUUGAGGUGCAAACGAUAUUCCUGCAUUUACGAACAAUGGUACGAUUAGCUGGUUGUUCAAAACGUGGUACUACUGCUUAUAAUGCUUUAAUCAAUGCCAAUAUGUUGUGCUUAUUCCUAUUCAGGCACAUCCCUGUCACGUAUCUUCUCUAUGUGAUGUUGGUGAAGGAUGAAAAAACUCCGUUGGUCCUACGAACUUUCCUUAUUGGAGGAUUAUCAUUUUUGAGCUAUCACAAUACUCAUUUAACAAUAUCGAUGAUCAAAGCGGAUGGAUUUUUCGGCUACGAAAUGCAAGCACUUGACGAGGAUAGCGUGGAUCCAUUAGUAGAGGAGAAUGGCUUAGAAGGGCCCUUCUCAACUUGUUUUCUACGAGUUGUUAAGAAGAAUUCCAGGAUGAUUUAUCAAGUGAUCGAAUGUAUUCGAAAUUUCUUACUUUUUUUUGAUUCUGUUUGA